GGAAAGACGGGUGACCUCUUUGUCUUUUUACAUCACUGUUGUUAUUAUUUUUGUUCUUCCUCGGCUGCCUUGAGGCGACGCUCUUAUCUCGCUGCCCUCACCCCCCCUCCCUCUCUCGUCGAUGAGGAGAUAAAAUCUUAUCUCGGCGAUCUUGGAGGCUGUGGCUGCUGAGUGGCGGUCGAGGUCCGAAGAGGAAAAGCGGACAGAAAAGAAAGAAGAGAGAAGGAUUAAUGUAGAGAAUAAAGAAAGAGAGAGAGAAAUGGUAAGGAAAUGAAGCAAUGAUUAUUAUUGAUACGUGGUGGUAGAAAGAAAGAGACAGACAGAGGGAUGGAAUAAAAGACUAGUGAAUUAGUCUCUGGAAUUCCUGUGCCGUAAUUUAAAAGAAAAGUGAAAAUGGUGUUUAUAACGAGUACAAAUGUCAGUUGCCUUUAGUCCCACUGAAGAUAACUGAUACCGUAUUUCAAGUAUAUUUUUGUAUAUAAAGAAUUAAGAGUUGGUAUUUAUUUUUCUAUCGUAGUGAGAAGAUAAGUAUUAGAAAGUGAUAUUCCCCAGAAGUGAAAAAAAAAAAGUAGUAGGCUUACAAGGAGAGCGAAAAAAGAGUUAUAGGCCUAAGAGGGGAAGAAAGUGAAGUUGUUGAUAUUUGCAAUAAUACAAGUAGCAGGAUAUACAUUUGAAAAGAUCCACCAAGCCGAGGCAUUGGAGCAGAAGGAAGCGGAGAAGACCCGCGGGCAAACCCAUUGCUUUUGGCGCCGACCUCAAGGAGGAGCGAAUGGUGGUUCAAGAAUCGGCCCACGGAACCGGAAGUGACCCGUUCGAGUGUGAGCUUCAGAAUGGUCGCCCUCGGCUGGCCCUGAAGAGGCGGAGGAGGAGGAGGAGGAGAAGGUGGUUCGAGGACGAGGUGAGGCAAGCCCAGCGACUCAGGGUCAUGCUUUGCGUCGAGACAAUGAGGACGGAACUGGUCAAGCUGGACGGCGUCGAGUCUGACUACGUCCUCAUCAACCACAUCAACGGUUGGGGCAGCCACAGCGAUGAGGUCAAGAACAGCCAGGGCGGGUCAGACGGCAGCGCUGGCGACCCGAGUGCCGUGCCAGGAGCCAUGCCCAUUGGUGGAGAGCUGACGGUGGGCGGGGCGGGGGGUGGAGCCUCGCACUCGCCCCUCCUCAACUAUGACCCCGAGUGCGCGCGCAUGGAGGCGUGGCUGGACGAGCAUCAGGAUUUCGUUCAUGAUUAUUUCAUAAGGAAAGCCUCGCGGCACAUGGUGGACGCGUGGCUGGUGUCGCACGCCCUUCCUCAGAACAUGGGCGGCGCCGGCGGUGCCCUCGGCGGGGGCGCGGCCGGGGGCGGAGCCGGAGGAGCAGGAGGGGCGUUCGGCGAGGGCCCCAACGGCAGCGCGCUCGGGGGCCAGCCUCCAGGGUCCCGCGCUUCGUCAGGAGCCGCCACGCCCGUGAGGAAGAUCUCCGCCCACGAGUUCGAGAAGGGCGGUCUCUUGAAGCCCAUCGUGACGACCAUCGACGGCACGCCCACCUUCCUCUCGCCCGCAGCCGAUGCCGAGAACGUCGCCAUUCUCGCCAAGGUCCGGCGGAAGUCGAGGACGGAGCUGAAGGGUCUGGACGAGCGGCAGCUGAUCUUCGAGCUGGUCAAGGACAUCUGCAACGACCUGGACGUGCGCUCGCUGUGCCACAAGAUCCUGCAGAACGUGUCGAUCCUCACCAGCGCUGACCGGUGCUCGCUCUUCCUCGUGCAGGGGGACAAGGAGACGGGUAACCGGUGCCUGGUGUCCACGCUCUUCGAUGUGAAUCCGGACUCGACGGUGGAGGAGAUGGAAGAGAAGGAAGAGAUCCGCAUUCCCUGGGGGUCCGGCAUCGUGGGCUACACGGCCGAGUCCGGAGCCAUGGUCAACAUUCCGGACGCCUAUCAGGACCCGAGGUUCAACCCAGACAUUGAUGGCAUGACAGGCUACAAGACCCGCUCGAUGCUGUGUAUGCCCAUCAAGGACAGCGCUGGCGAGGUCAUCGGCGUCGCGCAGGUGAUCAACAAGCACCAGGGACCUUGCUUCACAGUCAGCGACGAGAAGGUGUUCGAGUCAUACCUCCAGUUCUGUGGGAUUGGACUCAGGAACGCCCAGCUGUACGAGCGCUCGCAGCUGGAUGUCAAGAGGAACCAGGUGAUGCUGGACCUUGCACGAAUCAUUUUUGAGGAGCAAAGUACAAUAGAACAAAUGGUCUACCGCAUCAUGACACACACUCAGAGUUUACUGCAGUGUGAACGUGUGCAGAUCCUUUUGGUGCAUGAAGCAUCUCAGGGAACCUUUUCACGAGUGUUUGACUUGGAGGUGAAGGAUCUGCAGGGAAAGGAUGCCGAGACCCGCACAAGUCCCUUUGAGUCUCGCUUCCCCAUCAACAUUGGUAUCACAGGCCAUGUUGCCACUACAGGGGAGACAGUCUGCAUACCAGAUGCCUAUCAGGACUCCAGAUUUGACCAGUCAGUGGACGAACACACCAACUUCAGGCACCGUUCCAUCUUGUGCAUGCCUAUCAGAAACACAGCAGGCAAAAUUGUGGGUGUUGUCCAGCUGAUCAAUAAAUUUGACAACCUUCCCUUUACCACCAAUGACGAGAAUUUCCUAGAGGCCUUUGCCAUCUUCUGUGGAAUGGGCAUUCACAACACACGAAUGUAUGAAAAGGCUGUGAUAGCAAUGGCCAAGCAGAAAGUUACGCUAGAAGUGCUUAGCUACCAUGCUGCAGCUCCAAGAGAAGAUGCACUGAAACUAAUGAAGGUGAAGAUACCCUCAGCUCAGGCCUUCAGAUUGUAUGAUUUCAAGUUUGAUGACUUUAGCUUAGAUGAUGAUGGAAGUUUAAAGGCUUGCCUUAGGAUGUUCCUUGACUUGGACCUCAUAGGAAGGUUCCAUAUAGAAUAUGAAGUCCUGUGUCGUUGGUUGUUGAGUGUCAAGAAGAACUACCGCAAUGUCACAUAUCACAACUGGCGGCAUGCAUUCAAUGUUGCACAGAUGAUGUUUGCCAUCAUUACAACUACCCAAUGGUGGAAAGUGCUGGGUGAACUCGAGUGCCUGGCUCUGCUUGUUGCCUGUUUGUGCCACGACCUCGACCAUCGGGGCACCAACAAUUCAUUUCAGAUCAAGGCCUCAUCACCUCUGGCACAGCUCUACACAACAUCCACCAUGGAGCAUCACCACUUUGACCAGAGUGUCAUGAUCCUCAACUCAGCUGGCAAUCAGAUCCUGAGCAAUUGCACCCCAGAUGAAUAUUCACGGGUCAUUAGUGUGCUCGAGGAUGCGAUUCUAGCAACAGACUUGGCAGUGUACUUUAGAAAAAGGGGAGACUUCUUUAGCUUGGUAAACAAAAACCAGUAUGACUUUGCAAAGGAGGAGAACCGCGAACAGCUGCGAGGAAUGAUGAUGACCAUCUGUGACAUCGCGGCCAUAACAAAGCCAUGGAGCAUCCAGAAAAAGGUUGCAGAACUUGUAGCUGGAGAAUUCUUUGAGCAGGGAGACAUAGAGAAAGAGGAGUUGAAAAUUACUCCAAUUGAUAUGAUGAAUCGGGAGAAGAAGGACAAAUUACCAAUAAUGCAAGUUGGAUUUAUAGACUCCAUAUGCAUGCCAGUAUAUGAGGCAUUUGCCAAUCUCAGUGAUGAAUUAAAACCUCUGCUCGAUGGAGUCCAAGACAACAGACAAAAUUGGCAGGGUCUGGCUGACGAAGUGACGCAGAAGGAAGCCACAGCGAACAAUAAUAACAAUAAUAACAACAAUAACAGUAGUGGUGCAAGCACAAAUGUGGAAAAUAAUGCAGCCACCAAUUGAUAGAUUGAAAUUUCUUAGUAAGAGACCAUAGAAACCACCAGCUAUGUGAAAUAUUUAUCAGAGAGAACUGAUAGUAACUGUAAGAAGUGAAAAGGUUUUAAACACUUUGCAGGAUUUGGGAAUGAGUCUCAUGUUCAGAACAGGGUGCACAUAUAUUGAAAUAUGAAAUACUAUUGUCACCUUAAUAUAAGGUUCCUUGAUUGUGUUUGACAUUAGAACUGAACAUGUAUGAACUAUAUACACUUUCCCCAGUGCAAAUAGAAGUGUUCAAGAUAUUUAAUUGUGGUAACAUAUUGAUCUGCAUUAUAUUUUAAUCAGGAAAUUAUGUGUUCGGAGUUUCAUAUUCAGUUAUCAGAAUUGUCAGCUAGGUCAGGACGUUUACAUUACUUAAGGCAUUGCACUUUACCAAGAGAAACACAAAGAUCAUUGAACUUGGAUGGCUUUACAGUGAAAGGCAUUGAAAGGUCUGCGCCAUUUAUCAUAGGUUAAUAGGGAAUAUUUAAUUGUCAUUAUAUUAUUAUCAUUAUCAUUAUUAAUGAUAUUGAUAUUAUUAUUGUUAUUAUUAGUUAUUUUUUUAAUAAAUUAUUUGUCAUGGUGUUUUAAUGUUUUGUUAUUAAU